AUUUCUGAAAAGAAAUUGGUGUGUCAGUGUUACCAAUAAAACUAAAGGCUAAGCAAAAACGUCAGUUUAGUUUAAUGACACGAAAUAAACGACUUGAUGGCAUCAAAAUAAGACAAGAAAACUAAGACAGGCUAAAUAAUCAAUAUUAUACGUUGGCAAAGCUUAGAGAAGAUUCAUCGGAGUUUGAUCUUAGAUAAACCUUCCCUCUCUGUGCAAAUACGCCAGUGCAAAACCAGACAAUCAAACACGUUUCAAGGAUAAAAACCACGAAACGUUUCUUUUAGAAAAUAAGACGCUAUAUGCAUAGUCCGCCAGCCAACUGCACAAGAGCCAAAGUAAUUUAUUGUACUACUAUGUCUACGAUAUUACGUCAUAACUACGCUAUAAACAUUGGAUGGUUGGCUUCCUCUCAUAAUCCAGAAGAAAAUGAGAAUAACAUAUGUUGAAGCACUUUUAAUAUAUCAGCCUUAAGGCUAUUUUUGCUUGCUUUUCUUUAAUGAAAGAAUUGGUUCAUUUCCUUCUUAGGGGUACUUAAUGCUUUAUGCCUAGGGAAUCAAUAGAGUAGCCUAAUCAAUAGAGUAAACCAUAUCAAAGGGGCUGUGUUUGCCAGCUCUAUGGUAUGCGAAAACAUCUUUCGACUUACAACACAGAGUGGCUGAAUCCUGAGUAUACAUCGGAUUGAUGUAAAACAUUUACAUGCCAUGCACUGGAAAUAUUGAGGGUCUUAGAACAAGGUCUACACCCUUCACAUAUGAGUGAAGGAUUGACUGAUAUUAUAGACGAUUUCACCCCAAAUCUAGUCAAUGAUAAGCCCUGAUUGUUUCAUCUUGAUAUACAAGAUUCAAAUAAUAAUACAAAAUACCUGAUAAAUUCCAGAUUUUGAUCGAAAGCUUGAGAAAUUUCUUCCUGAAAAUUGACACAGAGAUUUAUAGAAAUCAAAAUAGAAGAUUGCAUGAAAAAGUUGUACUGAAAAUGAAAUUCAUGUAAAACUCAAAAGUGUCUGUCUGUAUACUUCCCACGCAAAUGCAUAUCUUCCAACCGUUUCGCUGAUGUCAAAUUUGUAAAACGUAUGUCAGAAUGCCAUUUUAUUCUGUUUCACAAAAUCUGCAAGCCACGACAUGAAAACUUUUGUACAAGCGAUUUGCAUUGACCUGAAAGCCGACAAAAGCUCAAAUUCGUCCGAGCUUUAAUUCGGCCUAGCUCAAGUGAGCAGUUACCAUAACUACAGAAUAUAGGUAUGUAUAUGUAUGCGUUCCCCUUGGCCCACCCACCACAUAGUUUACUCAUUCUUCGUACACAAAAAUGAAGUGGCAAUAAUCAGCCAAUUUGACUUUAUAUUUGAAUCAUUGAAGGCCAUUCUUUACUCUAACGCAAAAAUAUAUUGCUUCAUCUUACUUUUUUUAAAGUAACAGCCAAAGGAAAACAUGUUAAGAGGAUAAUAGCUGAGUCAAUUGCCGAGGUGACCAGUUAAAAUUAAUCAAAUUGCUACAAUGAAAUUCAACAAACCACAAGAAAAUGUUUUUUUUUCUUCAAGGAAAGAACCAGCCAUUGGAAACCUCAUUACUUCAAAAUGGAUGAAGAUUUAGAAUGAAGCAAUAAAAUGUUAGUUCGAAUUACCUCAGUUGGGCCACCAGGAACGUCAUCAAGUUUCCAGUAAACAAAGGCGCUGGAAAAAUUGGAAGCAAGCUCAACCUAGAACAAAUAAUUGCUUUCUGAAUACGAAAGUCAAAAAGAGAUUGAGGGAUCACGGCACGGAAAUUCAGAACGAGACGUCGAGGCCGAUGAGAAGAUGGCAGUAAAGUAACGACAGUCACUAAGGGAUGGAGAAUUUCGUGUUGUAUGAUGAGCUUGGUCGCGGUGAGCAAAGGGUUGUUUACAAGGGACGAAGGAAAGGAACUGUAAAUUAUUUUGCAAUUCAUUGCGUAGAUAAGUCAAAGCGAGAAGAUUUGCAAAAUAGUGUACGAAUCAGUCAUAAUUUGCACCACGAAAACAUUGUUCAGUUCUUUGAAUGGUAUGAAACAUCAAAUCAUUUGUGGCUGGUUGUAGAGCUAUGUACAGGAAUAACAUUAGAAAAGAUCCUGCAUCAAGAUGGUCUUCUGCCAGAAGAAACUAUCCGUAAAUUCGGCAUAAACAUCGUAGAAGCUCUGUUCUACCUUCACUCCUGUAACAUUUUGUUAUGCGAUCUGUCGCCCUCUAAAAUCAUACUAGAUGGCUCUGGUUGUCUAAAACUCAGCAAUUUUACUGUAUCGAAGGUUGAUGGUGAACAGGAUGCGCUUGACAACGAGCCAGAAGAUUCUGAUUUUGGACUUGGUAUAUCUCACGAGGAAAUGUUUUCAAAGCGUUUGGUGAAGAGCCUGCCAUUUUACAUAGCACCAGAGGUGCUACAAGGUGGCUUUCACACAAAGCAAAGUGAUAUAUGGGCACUUGGUUGCCUUUUAUAUGAAUGUUUUACUGGGAGACCACCAUAUGUAGCUACACAAUUUGAAGAGUUGGUUUCAAUCAUUACUACCAGUGAUGUACCAAAGCUAGUUCAAGAGCAUAAUCAGUCUCAUUUGGAGGCAUCAGAUGAUUUACAGUCAUUGAUAAAGCACCUCCUCUCUAAAGAUCCAAGCAAGAGACUUUGUAUGCAAGACUUGUGUAUGCACAAGUUUUGGAAUGGAUCACUGUCUCAUCUCUUAGAUGAAGAAGCCAAUGAAACAAUGAUUGAAGAUGACACUAGGUAUUUUGAAGAGGAAUCUAGAGGGAGCUUUGAUGUGCAAAAAGAUGUUGGUCUUGUUUCUAAAUAUGCAGAUGGUUUUAUAGACUGUGAGUCUGAACAAAAGUCAGAUAGAAUAGGAGCUAGAAGAAUUGAAGAUUCGGAUAUCUCUGAGCUGAAUGAUAGUACAACUUCUAUUGACCAUGUUCAAAAACACAGAGGAAACUUAGGAAAAGGGUUUGCCACAUUAGACCUACGUAAUGCAGGGAAAAUAUCGUUGGAUGCAUCCACUUCUUUCAGAAGGAGUAAAGAAAAUUACUCUCAAUCAAGAGAAUCAAGAAGGAAGAAUGACAUCGACAAAUCCUUGGAUCAAAGCCUAAUGCUUAGCAAAGAUCAAAAUAACCAGGAACACAAAGACAUAACCCACUUUGAUUUGAAUGUCUCCUUUAUUGAUUUAUUGUAUCAUCCUUCAGACCUAGAGGUCACCCCUAUAGUGGAUAACCCAAAGGUGACCAAACAGAUUUCGCCAAAGUGGGAUGCACACACUGUUCCAUUUUCAACUCACAGGGUCGACAAAAUUAAUAAUUAUACAAAACACCAAGUAGAGCAGCACAUUGAUGAGAUUACUAGUGCUUUGAUGUCAUUUAGUAGUGGCAACAAGACAGCAGAUUCUCAAACAAGUCAAAAAGCAAAACUACAUACAUUGGGAUAUCUUGUCAGCAUAGCAAAAAAUGAACAUGUAGCCAAUAUGAUGUUAGAAAAAAAUACCACUAAACUACUUCUCAAUGAUCUCAAAGGUCCAUCACAACAAGAAGUGAAGCUCAGAGUAGCAAAGCUCCUUGGCUUGUUGGCUUGCUCUGCAACCUACAUAUCUCCAAAUUUUAAAAUGACAGAAGUGUUUGGUGCCUUGACUGAGUGUCUUAGAGACAAUUUGUGUGUGACUAGCCUGAAAACAGUGGUGUUACCAGCUUUAGGGGAGUUCAUGUUUUACGCCGCAACACAAGAAGAAGGAGAAGAUAAAAUCAUUUCAGCUUGGGAACCCCCAGGUGCUUCAUUCACUAUGGUGGCAAGGUGUUUGCAGUCAUCUGAAGAUGUAACUGUGCAACACAUUGCUGCAAAAAUAAUUGAGAAUAUUGCAACAACAGCUGGGAGAUACUGCAAAAAAUUUUUGGCGAAGGACGUUGGACAGAAUCUAUGGAGUUUGUUCAGCCACGCUGUGUCUGAUGCGGAAAAACUCACAGCUAUUUCAGCCUUGAGCCGAUUGGCCAUGCACUCUAAUACAAUUUUCCAGCAAGUUGUCGAGCGGGUUGGUAUUGAAGAAGUGCUGAAAAGUCUGUUUGCUUGUUCAUUAAGAAUACAACAGCCAUUGCUGACAGUACUUAUUACAUUACUACAAGUACCAACAUUUUAUAAAAGAAUUGCUCAAGACUCGAUCUCAAUUGGCAAGUUUACACGGAUCUUGGAAACCCCAUCUUUUGUAGUUAGAGGCAAGGUGUAUCUCUUCGUCGCCAAAAUAUGUGGAAAUUCCCAAAAUGCAUUGCUUGACAGUUGCCAAGCCAAGCUAGUAACCUACAUUGAGAGGGACAGCAGAAAAACAUCGUCUGGCAACAGUGCAAAGUCAGAGGCCCAGGUCUUAUCCUACUUAAAACAGUGCAAAGACAAGUGUGUGAAUGUAAUUCUUGAACAAGUUCCUCGCUUUCUUCAAGGAAUAGUCAAGGCGUUUGAAGCGGUCUAUGGGCGUCAUCAUCCACCCUCGUCAAAUCUGAAACAGCUUCGCUCCUCCCUACCAAACCUUCCUGUAGUUCUCCACGUCAUAACGAGCCCACUUUUCAGACCACGUGUUGUUAAUGACAACUUUAUCGAUUCACUCGGAGCUUUGCUUCGUUGCAUCCAGAGCGUGGAUGAGGGUCAGACGAACAUUAGUGCAGGCUUAGGCUCGACUAGAUUAGAAGAGGUCAUUCGUACUACCUUCUCAAUUGUCGAGGCAGUCUCACAGCACCCUCCUCUGUUGCUUGAGAACAGAGAAAAGGUCAUUGAAGCAAUGCUGCCUUCCCUUGGAGCGUUUUGCUCAAGUUCAUCUGGUGACAAUCGAAUGCUGGCAAUGAAGCUAUUUUCAGAUGUUUCGUCCCUCUAUUUGGAGAAUGAUGAAUGCAUUAAAUCGGCAAGGGAUACCACCAGUGACAAAACAGGCAAAUUGUUGAACCAAAUGGUUACGGAAUAUUUCCUGGAGAGAAUUGAUGCAGUGUUGCAAGACCAAGACCCAAUACCCGCCUAUGGCAUGAGGCUGCUUCACGCAUUUAUCGAUAACUGUAAAGACGUUGGUACUUUGCUUGUGGAUGACGGGAUGUUGGCUAAGAUUAUCGACUUAUUUGAAGUCCACCAAAACGAUACAAGGAGUACAGUACUAGUGGCAAUUGUCAACGUCAUCGCUAGCAUGGUAGCUGCCAAGCAAUUCGAUCUCGCUCCAUUGCUCAAACAAGGAAUAGUGGAGUACCUAAUGACUGCGUUUAUAGCAAUAUCUUCGGUGCUGGAAGAAGACACGACAGCUGAUCAUGCUUCUUUACUUUUUAUCCCUCUGCUAGACACUUUGCGCCAAUUGCUGCGUAGUUUAGAGGCACAAGUCAAAAGAAUCGUGCGUUCAAAAGAGGAAAAAAGAAGCCAAAGCGACAUUUCAAAAGACGUGGCUUUUGUAGAAGAGCUCUUAAAAGCUUGUAAAGUUCUAUCUGAACUGAAUGGAAUUCUGAUAACAUUACUUUGUUUUGAUGACCGGGAUGUGCAAGACAUAUCAUGCCAAUGCUUGUAUUUGUCUGCCGAAAUGUUUGGAGGUGAGUACGACGAAUGUUUCUCUGAUGAUAACCUCGAAUGUCUUUCGGAUGCUAUUCAACUGUUUGACGACAAAAGGAAGAAGCUUCUUUUGAGAAUUGUCAAACGCUUCAUUACAUCCAAUGUCAACCUGCUAAGAGAGCUAAAAAACAACGGCGAUGAUUUGCGCGAGUACUUAAAGCAAAUAUGCUCAUCAUCUUCAUCAAAUGUCUUGAACGCAGAUGUGAAAGCUGUCAAGACAAUUGGAUCGGAAAUACUCGCACUGAUAGAUAGCAACUGAACUGUCUUCACAAAAAUUGUGUUUUAUUGUAUUUUUGUAGCAUUUAGUUGUUUCUGGUCGGUAUUCAUAAGAUCGUUCUGUGUAAAAACUGUUUUAAGUGCCUUACGGUUUUUGGCUUGUGCUAACAUUGCUUUCAGAAUGGGCGACAGAUAGAUUCUUUUAUUAUUCCUUCCCUUUAAAGUUUAACCUCAACUGAUCAGGUUUUCACGGUAUUCUGUUACUCGAUCAUUCAGUCUAAUACACUCCACCUCUAACGGUGCCUUGCUUUCAAAGGACCGUCUAGUGAAAUCAUCCUUGCAGCUACUGUUUUAAACAUCGACAUUUGUAUGAAAAUUUCUUAUAAAACAUUACUGAAUCUGGCUUGAAUUAAAGACAUUUGUUCUAAAAUGAACUAAUGUCUAUUAUCUUUGUUUAAAGAAAUCAGAAGUAAGAUUUCUUAUGUUGUCUGUCUUCCACGCAUUAUUGAUUUUGCAAGCUAUAAGGUUUAGGAUCAGAAUGUGUUAAGCUGUACUCAGUACAGGAGCUUCGAUGUGAAUGGGAGGCAAAGUAAAUCUAAGUUGACGUGAAUUCAAGCUAGCUGUUUGUUAAUGCUCUUAUCGAUUAAAUUUUUACCACUAAAGGUUUUGGAAUCUGUUUACAUCAAUGCAAAUGAUCCCGACGCAAUUUCCCGAUAUUUUAGGCCGAUUGGAAGGGGAAAGAAGGCGUUUGAAAUUAAGAGGAGUUUGGAAGGGUUUUCUUAGAAAUUUAGAGGAAAUUGUUGAAAUGCAUUUUUCAAACAGGAAAUUGCGUUGUCAGUCAGUAAGGGGGGUCAAUUACACAAGAAGAGCUUCAAUGUUUAUGCAGACUUUGGCCCGUAAACUGAUUUGACAAAUUCAAACAGCGUUAUGUUGUUUAAGUUUUGUUGGUUGGUUUUAAUUAGCUUUUUGUAGCUAUUUUGAAGACAGCAACUUAAAAUAAAAAAAGCGGAAAGAAAAUUACAAUGGAUUCUCCUCCGCAUGAUUGAUAAAUUUGCAAAAUAAGUUCAUCGUGUUAAAAACUGGCUGUGAUAUGGCAGCGUGAGCACAAGCCCUGUCCCGUUAAAUCACCGUAAUUUUGUCCCUGAUCUAAACUUGAUGAAUCAUGUCAAAACAGCAGAAAUCAUUGGCCAUAUCUUGUCCACUCUGUAACAUAUUGAACUGAUUUUGUAUAUACCGAGGUAAUUCGUCGUGUUCUAUUAGGAUACGUGGUGCACCUUUAUCUACCAUCUAGAAACAGAUGACAACACAAAACCUGGUAAAUAUAGACAAUUUGAUGCACAGAACAAGAUUAGAUUUUUAAAUUUCUCAAUUAUUCCCCAAGUUCUAUUUAUAGACGGGAGUACUAGAGCACAGUUUCCUGUGUUUUACUCUUUAACAGGAAAGAUAUUAACACGAGGUCUGGAAUGUAUAGAAAAUUUGAUGUAGUGAGUGACAUUAGAGUAUGGGAAUUUUAAGCACGCCCCAGUGCUACUUUUGUAAAGUGAUAUUAAUAUCCAGUCCUUUUUAUUCCUAAACCGCAUACAUUGAUCGCACGGUAGAUGUAAAUGUAGACAAUUCAAUGCCUUGAAAUGAAUGUAUUUUCAAAAAAUUCUGAAAUUUUCCACAUUCUAUCGUUAAAUAAGGCUAAUAUGCUCAAACCCUUUCUUUGCGGAUACUACUCUUUUGAUAAAAUUUAUUCCUAGAGCACUAACAACGUUAAUUAAAAUAAUGAUCUACACCACACAGGAAAAACAGAGCUUAUAUAGCCCAGGCACAUUAACAACAAAAACAGCAAAAUCAAUAGCAUUAAAGAGUCUUAAUAUGUAGAAAAGUACAAAUCACUAGCAAUGGAAGCAUCAAUAUUAGAAUAAAGUUGUAGGUGCGAGGUGCAAGAUGGGUGAGUGGAUGGCUCAGUUGUUAGAGGCGCUGACUACAAACCAAAGGGUCCGUGAUUCGAGUCCCUGGCAUGACCAAACUUUCACCUAGAGUGAGGAGAGUCGCCAACCCUCUGUAAUUCCAGGUGUAGGAAUCACGAGGUGUGAUCACAUCGAGAGGAAGGACCAAGACACUGCUCGAUAAGCAUAAGCUUCUCAGUGUCCUAAAAACUACCUUCGGAUGCUAGGUAGCAACAAAUACAGGGAAAAAAUAAAGUUGUUAAUAUUUGCUUAAUAUGAUAUAAUGUUAUCACGCCAAGAUAAUUCAUGCUGUCGGCUUUUUCACCUUCGUCUCCCAUCUUCAGUUUGAAAGACAGUUUCAGUUGUAUUCGGGCAGAGUUUGUUAGCUCUAGACCAAUCAAUCAUAUUAUCAAGUCCAUCUUUCAUUUUAAGUUUAAAAUGAAUUAUUUCGUUGUUCAGCUGAAAAAUACACAUAAUUGGGUUAAUAGUAGUGGCAUUUGGCAAAUCAUUUACGUUAAAUAUUUACAGUAUGGAGCCCAGUACUGAUCCCUGUGGAACACCUUUAUCUAAUUGCCUAAGGUCAAAUUUUUGUUAAGCCCUGGCAAAACGACUAAAUAUUUUACUCAACUUUUGUUCAGUGAAGUUGAGCGAAGUUUAGCGAGGAUGGCAAAACGUGACUAAACUUUUCACUAAACUUAAAGACUCAUUGCUAACAAUGGGCCUAUGCGAGCGUGGCGACGAUCCAAACAAUGGCAGUAAACUGUCUUCAAUGGCAGUAAAUUGAUUUCAGACUGUCUAAAAAUGCAUUAUGCGAUGCUUGCGUAGCGUAAUGGCUCAUUGUUAGCAAUGAGUCUUUAACUCUACUUUUUUGAACUGCGAGCUGUCUAUGACGCUGUUGGGUUGUAGGGGAUCUUGCAUAGGAAUUUGCUUUAGGUUUAUUUUGUCCCAUGCACAAGCAAAGGAUAAAAAUAAGAAUUGUAUGAAGCGACGCGGAAAGAAAAGACUUUUUAGAUCAUUGACAACAAAGUUGACUGCUGAAGAAGAGACAUUGACCUACAACUAGAUAAACAGAUGUUUCAUAAAGGCUUUUUGGGUCACGUAGAGACAGGAAAACCAACGAAAACAGACGAAAACCUUUGGAUUUCCACAGCUAGUGCGCCUGUGCGUUCACAACAAAUGUAUAAUUGGUGGCAAAACGGCUAAACAUUUGCUAAACAACACUAAACAACGCUAAACAUUUUUGACCAGGAUCAAACUUUGCUCAACAACACUUAACACGAUUAAACAGUACUAAACAGGGUGGCAAAACGACUAAACUUUUCAUUAAACAUUUGACUAAACAAAAGUUGAGUGAAAUGUUUAAUUAAAUGCUUAGUCGUUUUGCCAGGACUCUAAAGUCUUUUUUUGAGAUAAGUGAUCGCGACAAUCGAUUUCGUAAAUGAUAUUUGAUUUUUUGACAGAAUUAUAAUUAGCAAGAUCUAUACGAAGACCUGCUUUUACCUGCUGCACUAAUUGAAAAUUAUAUUUGGCUUUCAGAAUUUAACUGUCCUUUGCAAAAUUCAUAAUGAGGUGAUUCGUUCUUUGUUUCCCAGUUUUGAAAAAUGUAAUUAUUACAUAUUGUUCAGGGCUUAGAAAUGGAAAAUUUAUCGCCCUCUUGGAUAUAUAAAUAGCGAUAGGUUCAACUUUCGGUCUUCGGCCUUGAUUUGGCAAGACACGUAUUGUAUCCCAUGGAAGAAGAUGUCGCCAAAUUUUACAACAAUGUGCGCACAAGACAACUGUCUAAGAUGUUUCAACUGCACAUGUCGACAUAAUAAAAAGACACGCACUUAGAUAAACCAUUGUUUUUCUGAUUCGCAUAAUGAAGUAGUUAACGAUAAUGAAGUGUGUUAACGAUAAUGAAGUGUGUUAACGAUAAUGAAGUGUGUUAACGAAUAUUCGGGCACAAAUCUCUACAAGAUCGACCCCGGCGUAUGGAUUAAAACGAUAGAUCUGUACACUGAUGUCUUCAAAAGAUCUCGACAACUGCUUCCACCUAGCGUUUUAUAUGCAAAGCAGCUAACUGUUUCUCUGAAAGUAAUACACUAGCCGAUGAAAUUCCUGGAAACUUUGAUCCAAGAGUUAAUUAAGGAGGCUUAUCUUUAUAAAUGCUCAUAACUUCGUAAUAGCAGAAUCACCUCCUGUAAAACAGACUCAAUCCAUUAUUGUAACGACUGUUCAUUUUGCUGAUGACGUCUCAUUACAUUUCAUUUCUUAAUUGUUGUCGUAGUUCGAUUACGUAAAUACUCAAUUAUACAUUCAAUACGAAAACACGUACACACCUAAACAUUAAAUUAUAUCUAAUAAAUCAAAUAACCCCUUUUUACCAAUCUCAGGGUUUAGUUUAAUUUUCGACUAGGGACAUGAAUAAAUAUAUGUUUUAUGACAUGUUGGCCCCGUUUUCAUGUGUUUUAUAUGAAGACACAGAGAAAAAGGCAAUGAAGUUAUUCAACUCUUCAAAGUAAUUGACCUUAGUUAAGUGUUUGGAUCUCCAAGCUUUUCCUGUUUUUCUUAAAAUAGAUUUGAUCAUCAUCCAAUAAAAUGGCGUUCUUUUGAUUUCAAGCAGGCUGCACUUCGAUCAGUAAUUACCAUAGCGCAUCGGAACAUGCCUAAAUAGAGGUGAACUGUCCUUUUUUUAGAGUCGUGCCUUACAGCUCAGACCAUGCAUGCAUUUUAACUAUUGCUUCAAAGGAUGACUUGAAAGUUGGUUUCAUUAAUAAAAUAGCUCUUGUUCUGAAACACUCGAGAGUAAGUUCUAAAUAAAGAAGAACAGAAACGAACUCUUCCUGUAGACAGGCAAGGCUGUCUUUAUAUUUACGUCUUUCAGGAGCUGUCUAGAUCAAAACAAAGCGUCACGUAUUGGGUAGACAGAAAAUGAUCGUUUUUUCUUUUGGACUCUUCAACUAGGCAAAAUGGUAGGAGAAGACGAUUGGUCAAAACAAUGAAUCAAUCGAGGGCACCACUUUCCUCUCGUAUUCCUUUCAAUCCGCAUCUGAAUGUAAAUUUUUUCUUAUCUUUAGUCAUUACCUGCCAAUAAUACUUAGGGCUGUCGGAUGAAAAGUACUUUGGUAUACGAUGAUUUCACCUUUUACGUGCUGCCUUCAAAGAAGUAAUCUCACUUUAGCAAUAAGAAUGCCACGGUUCUACCAUUGCCAUGUCUAUUGGUUACUUCGCCUUUCAACUUGGGCAUAAAUCUUAAAUCCAGUUCCAGUUUCUGGUUAGAUUUUGGUUAUAUUAGGAGGUGAAGCUGGAUGAAAUCUCCUUGCAUUUACAGAAAUGUCUACAAACCUAAUGUGAUAACAACUCAAGUGACCUCCCUAAAGAAAGCUUUUACAUUUAUAAACAAGAUUAAGCAAGACAAUAUGUAUUACAUGGUAGAAACUAAAUACGCUUAGGUCGCCAAUUAGAAAUCUUCAUGACCUGAUUGCAAUUUUCAGACCUGAAGUUUGACAUCAUGCUUUGGCCAGCCACUUAAAGAAUUUUUCACACAUGUCACGUGAUAAAAAGCAGCUUGCUCUGCUAAAAAUUUUGGUAACAAAUUUCAAUCACACUCCUGUGACUAUCGCUAGGAAGGGGGGAGCCUCUACCCCCUUUCUAUUCUAGACGACCCCCUUCUUAGCGAUAGUCACAGGAGUGCGAUUGAAAUUUUUCACCAAACUUUUUAGCAGAGCGAGUUGCUUUUUAUCACGUGACCCCUACGGGGCGUGUCCAUUCAAACUGACAUAGAGGCUAGACAUUUUUGCAUUUUUUCCAGAAGCAGAUUUUCCUAUAAUUCAUUUGGGGCUUAGACAGAAUUCUUGUCUUUACCAUGGCUAAUUUUCCUAUUAUUCAUCAGGGGUUUUAACUGACUUGUUUUCUUUGCUGAGGGAAAUUUUACUUUCUUGGACAGAAGGACUGCAGCGUGCCCGCGUAGCGGGAGUAACUGGCCUAGUUUGGAUACUAAACUAAAUCUACAACUGGUAAUGCAUCAACAGCUAUAAUAAAUUUAGAACAACACGAUUCAUCGUCGUGCAACAAGACGUCGUGCAGAAAUAUUUCUAGAAGAAACGUUUCUCUAUAAAAAUUAGUGGCCUAACCUUGAUUUGUAUUAUUCAUCUUUGGAGACCUUGUUAGAAUUGGCUCUUAAAAAAUGCAGCAUUGAUUCUAAAGCAUUUUUUCAUUACCAGGGAUAGGGAAUCUUUUUGGAGACUGGCCAGAUCUAUCAAUCCUUCCCUUUUAGCGGGCCAAAAGUAAUAAGAAAAAACGAAUGCAAUAGUUGUAAAAGAAUGAUAACAUAAGAUAAUGAAAAACUUUCAUUUAAAUUCAAUUAAAAUUCAAUUACAAACGUCUCCUUUACAUAGAUAGUUUGCAACGAAAGAAUGUAAAAGCUGUGAAUACAAACACGGAAAAUAAAAAACCAACCAGAAUUGAAAAUGAUGUGAUUCAGGGUUUGGAUAAAUCACCUUUGCAAGGAAAUACAACACUUUAACAUCGACCUUUUAGCUCAGACCAUCCACAUCAACAUACUUAGACACCAAUUUAUCUAAAUUAGGACCCCCCCCCCCCUCAGCACCCUAGCAGCUGAGACCAGACAAAAUAGGGACAACUGUUAUCUCUGCGCAACUGCCAGGAAAGCACCCAGUAAGUUCAUCUGACGCUCUUUAGAAUAUAAAGCCUCAGAACAUAGAUCGAAAACUCAACGCUAGGAAAUAAAAUAUACCCAGUUGCGGAUUCAAAUAGGCCAAUUAGAAACGCAAGCACACGAUUGUUGGUGUUGCCCAGUCAUUGCCGCUUGCCUAUUGAGAUGGUUACCAAUGGAGUCCUAAGGUGAAAAUGAACUCCUUCUGUCUACACAAAAGCGGUUUUCGUUUUAAUGUAGAUAGAUUCUAAAACUGCUAGAUGGAACGACGAUCGGGCUUUGGUACCUGGAAUCUGGGUUUUCCAGUAAAUGGAACCUGGGAAGCAGAAUCGUAUGCCGUAGUUGUAGUUUUUCAUCUGCAACACCGAGGUAACUGUUCUCAUUGGGGACGAACUUCAAUGCCAUUUUAGAUUAUGUUUUUUUAAAUAUUUGGCACCCAUCGGAAAAUUAACUUGCCAACAAAAAAAUUUUAAUAGGAUAUUUUAUCGCGUUGGCCACAAAAUUCUCUUCCCAUGCCGGAUUCUGGCCUGCGAGCCCUAGGUUGCCCGCCCCUGAAAUAUACGAACGUUAUUAUCAAAACGACAGGAUUCUGGCUCACAGGGUUCUUCCCACUGAUGGUUCACAUCUUAUCUGAUAAUGGAUGUAGCUCUAGAGAAUGCUUUCUUCAGACUGGUGUUCUGCAAGGCUUGUGUUUGGAAUCCUUUUUUAUGAGUAUCUACAUAAAUGAUUCUAAGACUGAAAAGAAAGCAUGAUACAAAAUAUGUAAUGUAUGCUUGUGAUACCGGUAUGAGCAUCAUGUCAAUCGACCUUGACAAAGUGAUAACAGAUUUUGAAAUGAGCUGAAAAAUAUUUCAUAUUGGAUGUGGAUUAUCAAACUUAUUUUGAAGGCACUAAACAUAAAUACAUGCUAACUGUCCAGGUAACAGCAGGAAGCUGCAUUAAUAUGCAGGAAAACUAAUUGUAACUAUUGCUUUAAAAGCAAGAAAACACUUGUUGAUAACAUCAGACCUAGAUUUUCAUCAUUUUAAAGGCAAGCAAAUAGAAAGCUUAACUAGAAACUUUAAAAACAAUUUUUUGUUGAUACAUAAUUUCAAAUUUGCUUUGAUAGGACCAACAUUGAAAACAGAUUUCAGCUUUUCGUCUUACACUCUUCGGAGCAUAAAACUUUAGAAUAAUGAUUAAAAUUUCAAGCCAAGAUAUUCAGUUACCCAGUUGUAGAUUCAAUUGCUCACUGGCCUAUUUCUAUCCAUUUCUACCAAUUGUGAAUCUCAUUCUAUCAUUUUCUUGAAAAUUUCGGUCAUGAACAAACCAAGAUUACGCUGCUGGAUGGUUGCAGAUAUUUUUCCUCUAAUAGAACUUGCCUAUUAGUAAAAGCGAAUUAUUUCGGUGUAAUUUUAAGCAACUUGUUUCGUUGCUUUGUGAAAAGCAAGCUAUUUUGUUAUGACAGUAUGACUAUUCUAUGAAUAGUGUUUAUGCCAUUUUUUGUGCUCCAUUAUAAAGAGCCAAACCAACAGACAACACUUGAAUUGCAACUUCUUACAUAUUGGACUUCCUCUCCUAGAGUGAUUUAUCGUUCACACUGCUCCGUAUUCAUACGAAAGCGGAUAAAAAAGUCUCGGUUUGUGCCUUGCGUUCACACUGCUCCACCUUGAAAACGGAGACUUUUGAAAACGCACUUUGGAAACGGACA